CUUUUCACAGUCCCCUUGCUGGAACUUUUCACAGUCCCCUUGCUAAAACCCUACACUGUUAUCAACCUCCAUCGUUAUCGAUCAUUUUCCGACUGCUACCAAUCUCUGUUCGUUGAUUUCUUGGCUCGAGAUUCCCAUGGCGGCGUUGCAGUUGCAAUUGCAAUCUCGCCUUCGAAUGUCGAAGAUUGUGUCUUCAUCAAUUUGGAAGUGCGAAAGGCAGCUUCCUCUGCUCCACGAUUCACUGCGAACGCAGGAUUUCUCGCUCUUGCCGACGCAAUCUCGCUGUUUCAGCUCCAAUUCCAUGGACGACGAUUGGGCCAUCUCAAAUUCCGAGCCGAGGAGCAACCCGCCGCACCGGCGUUCUCCUCCGGAUUCCCGCGAACCUCGUCGAGUUCCUAAAUUCUCCGAUGGAGUAUCUGCUUCUUACCCUGGGGAUGAUCGGAACCGACGGAUUAAUAAACGUUCGGAAGGUUCCUCGUUUCGAUUUGAUAAUGAAGGCGGCAUUUCGCGGCAAAGGAGUGAGUUUCUGUCUCAGAAGGAUUUUAGCUUUCUUGAAAAGUUCAAGCUGAAUACUGAUAAUCAGAGUAGUAGCAAAGAGAAGACCGAGCAGAGCUCUGCUCCUCGGUUUUCUGAAUCUGUCCAGGAGAAGCAGUCGCAACCGCAGCGUCCUCCUGAAGCCGAUGAGAUAUUCAAGAAAAUGAAGGAGACGGGUCUCAUUCCUAAUGCUGUCGCCAUGCUUGAUGGGCUGUGCAAAGAUGGGCUUAUCCAAGAAGCAAUGAAACUCUUUGGUUUGAUUCGUGAGAAGGGUACAAUUCCAGAAGUUGUGAUUUACACCGCUGUAGUUGAUGGGUUUUGCAAGGCCGAGAAGCUUGAUGAAGCCAUCAGGAUUUUCAGAAAAAUGCAGAAAAAUGGCAUUUCUCCUAAUGCUUUCAGUUUUGGCGUCUUGAUACAGGGACUGUACAAAUGCAAUAAAUUAGAGGAAGCCAUAGGAUUUUGCAUUGAGAUGUUAGAAUCUGGGCAUUCUCCAAAUGUAACCACUCUUGUUGGCCUAGUUGACGAGUUAUGCAAAGAAAGGGGAACGGAAGAAGCUCGGAGUGUCAUAGAAACCUUAAAACAAAAAGGGUUCUUGCUGAAUGAGAAAGCUUUAAGAGAAUUUCUGAACAAAAGAGCCCCCUUUUCACCAAAUAUCUGGGAAGCAAUCUUUGGGAAAAAAACGAAAGAAUUUUUCUGAGAUUAUUGUCGUGGUCAUUAAAAGUUGAUAUGCAGCUCCCAAGUGUUCAUGCUCAUCUGCAUGGUUAUGUGGGUGAAGAUACCAAUCAUAUCACUGAGAAGAAACCACAAGUUGAGAUCAUUGAAACUCAGUAGCCAGAAUAUAAGGAUUGUGUUGAAGAACAAGAAUCUGAUUGAAGUUGAAGACUGAAGAGUGAACUAUCUACAAUUAUUGAAAACUUUAAAAGUAGGGUAAGUUUGGGGAACAUAAUACUUGUGCAAUCAAGUCAAUUGAAUCCUACCCUAGCUUGAAGACUGAUGGACAUCUGUUGCAAGAUUGAACAUCAAAAAAUGUGUAAUAUACCAUUUGCCUUUUAGAAAUUUGUUUCAAACAAUUAUUGUUAGCUAUGAAAUUUGAAUACUUCCUUGCUUUCUGCCAUUAAUUGCUAUACAGAGAUGGAUUUGUUAUCA